UUAGAUCUGAACAUAAAGCACUCGUACCAAUAGAAGAAGUGAUGGCGAUAGGCAAAAUGUCAGAGUUGCAGAAAACUCGACCAUUAAUAAACAUGUAACAAACAGCAAUCAGCAAAAAACUUGUUUCGUGGGCAGCGCGUUAUGAAGCGUGUCCAAGAAGUGUCGAAGUUCGAUUCCUGUAAAAGACCGAUCCAGCCAUGCUAUUUUCGCUCUCCUCUCUAACCGAUUAUAGACUGCCACACUCCUGAAGAAACAGAGUCGCUUCGAACCACGUGACGCUAUCCAGUCAUCCGUUAUUGAUCUAUAAUGGCGCCACAUCGUCGCCAUAAAAGCUUCUAAACUAUAAAUCGAUGUACAUUCUUUGUUACAAAGAUGGACGUUUCUAAAUAUCGAAGAUCAAUGAUGGGAGAUUCUGCCCAAAAUAGAACACGAAGCUAUAACAGGAUAUUGUCCAGCACCACACCCUACGUAGGGGUGAGGAGCACAUCCGAAGAGUCUGGAGCCCAGGAUUCCAUUCAGCAGCACAGGAUGUCCCGGCUCCGUGAACCCAGUGACAGAGAGAUGAGUGAUCCGCGUGGGUCUCCAACGACCAUAUGUGAACAGCUGCGUUAUAACGAGUUGGAUGAGCACUCCGCAGGGAAAUCACCGCCAUCCACAGAAAGCAAAGCAGCUGUAGUUCGAAGGCUGAAGUUAAACGCCAGAUCAGUGAGCGUCGCUUGCCUCAAAUACUUCCACGAUACCACAGUAAAAGUUACAAGCAGACCCGCUCCGGCGCAACAGUGUCAAGACAAGCUGUCUUCUGCAUCAGAUAUUAGAUUAAAGAACAGGCUAUUUGCCGUUUUUUACGUAGUCACCACUACCGAGUGUGCUAUCGCCAUAAGCGUUGUCCGUCGUCGUUUGACGAAACCGAUCGUUGCGUAGGAGUUUGAAGCGGCCGGUGGCUGAAACGCAACGAGUGCCGCACUCCGGCCAGAAUGUGCGCGUCUGUAAAAGAUACAGUUGUCGAAAAAAAAUUAAGUUCAUUGAGCAUAGCCUCUCUUUAUCGUCGGCUUUUCACUAAACGGUGACAGGCACGAGAAGCGUUGUCGUUUACUCCGUCAAUCAGUUCGAUGAUGAUGUAGACUGACGCAGACCGUCGAGCAGAACGUUUGCAAUGUUCAAUUGAAUUGCAGAUUGUCAACAGUGAAACGUUGGGAUGCUCGCAGUAGAAGUCGCGGGAAAAGACACGAUGGAAAAGACCCUGGCUUUUUCGUUAGACUAAAACGAUCCAACCUAGUGGAGCAAGAAUGGGUCAGGAGAUCGGAUAAAGUCGUGGAUUGCUAAAGACGAGAUACGCGAAGAAGCCGAACGCGUCAUAGCGCACAGAUGCAGGUACCGUUGCUAAACGGGAUAACGGCAAUAGACUCAGGAAGGAAAUAAAGCCAACAAUUAGAAACGUUCUAAAUGCUCAGAACAAAUGUGGGGAUGAUCCGUUGUAAAAAUUACGACUAUGCGGAUAACGAGACACACCUUUUCGUAUUAAGCCAAUAGAAGAUCAAUAAUGAAGAAAUUACAAAACUAGAUCGUUGGCAUCGCAAGUCCUGCAAUUAACUGUUUUCAGUAGACAUGUUGGAUUUUCUAACAGUGUUUUGAUCUGCGCAAAAAAAUGGAAAUGUAGUGCAGUAGUAGCACUAAUGUAAUAGUUAUGUAGA